AAUAGAUAAAAGCAUCCAUUUCUCACGGCGACGUGUACAUACCCGGCUCGAGGCCCGCCACCGCCCUUAUACGGCCUCGAUUCAGAGCGCGACGCGGCCAGAAGACCCAUCGGCGAGAUGACGAAGCCGGUGACGGAGAAGAGGAGGGUUCGGCGGGCGCCUUCAAACGCCGUUAGAGAUCUCGCGGAUAGCGCCUCUAAGCAAUCAGCCGAAAAGAAGGAUGUAUACCAGAUUUUUGCUGAGAAGGUUAGAGACAACAAGCAACUAAAAUCUAGAUGGGCUAUAAUGCAAGAGACAAGGGUUGAGUAUUUUAGAGGAAAGGAAUUCCCGGUGUUCUUGAGAGAUCACCAGGAGGUUAAGGAGAUAUUAGGGUUAGAUAAGGAAUUAGAUGCUGAGGAAAUCAUCGAUACUUUACUUAGAAAGAACCUUAUAGUUAGAUGUGAUCGUGUGCUGAAAACUGUGAGGCCUGGGAAGAAGAAGUUGUCAUCGUGGCCAGCACAUCUGGAAAUACAUAAUGAUCAAGUUUUUUCAAAAGAAGAUGCUUUUUUUGCAUGGACAUUUAUGAAAAGAAGGGCUCUAUGGCAAACAAUUCUGUCAUUCCUUUGGCCGUUAGUAGCUCUAGCAAUGUGUUUGUUUCCUGUCUACCCAUACCAAGUCAAGAUCGUUGUCCUGUACUCAUGUGCUGGAGCUCUACUAUUUAUCGUAGCCAUGCUCUCAAUCAGAGCUGCUAUAUUUGGUGUUAUUUACGUCUUACUGGGGAAGCGGAUAUGGAUCUUUCCCAAUAUCAAUGCGGAGGAAACAACUUUUAGAGAACUGAUCCGCUUUUGCCCCAAGAACUCAGAAGGCGAACCCCCUAAGUGGACAUCAAGGCUCUUCUAUGCUCUUUUAUCUGUGCUGGUCAUUCUACUACUCAGGCACCAUGCCCCUGAUGAAGCUGCCAGAGCUAGGUAUCAAUCAAAAGUUUCAAACAUUAUUGAUGAGAUGCUUGAAUGGUCUCCCAAGCUAGCACUGUCUGGAAUGUUGGAGAAGCAGCAGCCCGUAGUUAAUGCAACAGAGAAGAGUCAUCCUAUGGGUGGGAAUUGGUCUGGAGACAGUAAGGGCGCUGCUGAUCUCUCUGAUGGAACUGAGGAUGAAGUUCCAGUUACUGAUGUGAUUGACACAUAGUUUCAAUGGUAAUUACUGUAACUAAAUUUAAAGCUAUCCAUUUUUUUUUUUUUU